AUGAGCCGUUACUUCGCGAUUCACAAGCUCGGAACCUCGACACAACAAAACCACAAAAAGGGUCAGCAGAUUACGCAAAACAAGUAACUGCAAAAUCAUAGAAAACGGGGCUUUUUCGUCUUUGACCCAAGAUGGUCCGCCGUUCACCCAGACCUGUCAAAGGUGGAAGAAGUUCCUCAGUCCAAGCAGUCACUCCUCAAAAACAGGAUCCCAUUGAGGAAGAACCUGCUGAAUAUACUCAGGCUCAGCAUAUGGACAUGUUGACCGAGGAGGAUGCAGAGGAGAUGGUGGGUGAGAUCAUGGACCACCUAUUAAGCCAAGUCAUGGAGCGCUGUUUAGAGGCACAUAUUAAAAGACAGCUGGUGCCCUUUUCUGCAUCAUGGGCCAAGACUUACCUCAUACAGAUUAUAGAGCGCCAGUUUAUCACCUACGAUGAAAAAGGACCAGAGGAAAUCUCCAAAACAGAAGAUUCAGAGCCUAUACCUGCAACUCCAGAUGCCUGGGCUCAAGGUUGUGUGCCGGUUGUAAAUGCCACACCUCCACCUCACCCCACACAUAAACAGGAAAUUACUGUUGACCGACUGCCUGGACAGAGAACCAGCAAACCAUAUAAUAUGAUGGCACAGAUAAAGAGCUCUCCACAGCAGCAUGAAAACAAAAUUGUCAAGCCUACAGUUGAGAGAAACCAAAUAUUUAGUGUACUUCCUCCACUGAAAAGUGACCAAAAGAAAAGCACUAGAGCUCAUUUGGCUCAAAAAACAGUGCCAAGUGAAUUAGCAUCAUCCCUGUCCAGCUCAGCUGAAAAAAAAAGCUUGAAGGCAGGUGAUGAAAAGAGUCCCCGACCUGAUCUUGUUAAUCUCCGAAAGGAGGCAUUUCAGCAUAAAGACUACCAGCCCUUACGAAAGCUCAAUCUCUCAUCCCUACCUAAGCACUGCAUUUAUCCUCAGUAUGAGAUCUUAGAUGCCAAAGACUCAAAACACUUCCCAAAGAGGUCAAAUGGAUUAUCCCAGUCAGGUCAAAGAUGGAAAAGGCAGCAAACUCAAAGUACCUUGAAGUUACUGAAGCCAUCAUCCAGCUUUGAGGAUCAGCCAGCACUGAUUCACAGAAGGACUGAAGCAGAUGUCUUCCUCAAUAAGUCUUUCCCAUCUACAAGUAGAGCAGAAGCAUGCAUCACCUACUCUGGCCCUCUGAGAGUGGAGACAGUGGAUUUAAUCCAGGGUAUUACUCUUGUGGAUUCCCAGUCAGUUGAAAAUACACCCCUCAAACUCAGGCCUUCAACGCACUUGGCCAAGCUGAAGCCAAUACAGAGUAGAGUAGCUGCACCUCUGCUCUCUGUGGACCACAUUACCAAAUGUACAUCACCUCGAGUCACCCCAUUAUAUCAGUCCUAGAAUUUUGAGAACAGGUCAAACUUGUUGAUGAUGCAUGCCCCUGACACAAGUCUGUAUGGUAUUGUACACAUAGUGGACUACUGUAUGCUCUGAAAUAUAAUUAUUUUGGAAAUGUUGGAAAUUUA